CACGAAUCUCCUUUGGUAUACGCUAAGCCAGCUUUAACUAAGACUGUCACCUAUGCUGCUCCUACUGCUACUACCUCAUACAAUCAUGGACCUGCUGCCACCACUUACACCCAUAGUGCUCCCGGAGUUUCUGGUUAUGGUACUAGUCAAACUGUACAUUACUCUCCAGCUGAAACCGUUUCUCACAUGAGUUUCGAUGGUUUCGGUACUCACUGGGGUUUCUAAGUUAA